AUGACGAUCAACACUGGCGGCGCUGCUAUGAUCGACUAUCUCUGUGAAAUAACCGAGCCUGUUUAUGAAUACACCCGAAAACCCCUCCGAAAAGACAAGCGAAGACUUCCUGAACAUAUGCUCAAGAAGCGACUUUCCUGGGUGCGUGGCUCGAUGAUGACCUUGAUCCAUACGAUGAAGUGCAUCAACGGCUUCUAUGGCAAGCGCGGGGCUAGUUGCAGAGUCAAACACUGCGACGAUAUCAAACGAGCGAUCGAGCACAUGCCCUUUUGCACGAUGGAUAGAUGGUGCAUCACACAGUAUUGUAUCGCCACGAAGACAAUUGUUCAUCAUUGGAGGAAAGUGAUAGCUUCUGGCCCAAGUUCUUAUUUGGCUUGCUCGACUGUUGAGACAAUCGCGUUAUUUACCUUGAUAGACAUUUGCUCCAACGGAGAGUCUGAGAAUAAAAGGGAGCAGCUGAUGAGGAAAAUUUUCAAUGAACCAAAAAUUCAAUCGGAGAUCGAAGAAAAACCAUUUCGGUCAUGCAUGGAUUUUCUCAACGAAGUCAAUCAGCUAAUAGCAAAUCCUACAACUGUUGCUGAAGCUGAUCAUACGCCGGAAGGGGAAGAUCCUUUUUUGCAAACUUCUUAUACUUCUUUCGGCUUUAUGGGAAACUUUAAUUAUGGAAAAAAAUAA